AGGGGCCGUAAAUGCUCGAGCGGAGCAGCGCCGGCCUUAGCGGGCCGGGUCCGGGGGAAGCGGGCGGAGUCGGCACCGAGGGCCGAAGCCCGUCCUACGCCCCGGGAAGGCGGGGUCUCCGCCUUCCGGGGUACGGGUCUCCCCGUCUACUCGGCCUCCUCCUCCGCCCCGCACCAUUUGCGGCGCUUCCCUCCACCCCCCACCCCCCAGGGGCUCGGGCCGCAGCCGCGCCGCGCCGCGCGGAGCUGACUCUCGGGUGGAAUGCGGCCGCCCCCGAGCCCGUGGUGGCUGCUGCUCUGGCUGUGGUUCCCGGCUACACUGGCCGCAGGCGCGGUGCGCCGGGAGGCAGAGGCGUUGUCAGUUCCAAGGUGUAAAACUUUGAAGGAAAUGGAUUUAAUUACAACUUCUGAGUCAGAUUGUUACUGCUACAAUCGAAAUGCCCAAAUGAAGUGGAAAUACAUGUGGUCAACUGUGAAGGUGAAAAUUGCCAGUUCAGGCCUGCUCAGUAUUGUACAUAUUACAGAAAGUCAUAAAUGCCAGUAUCCGGAAACCAUUAUAACUUUUAUCAAAUGUGUGAUUCAUAACUUUUGGAUACCAAAGGAGUCUAAUGAAAUAACCAUAAUUGUCAAUCCAUUUGGGGAGACUGUGUGUUUCUCUGUGAAGCCUCUCAGGAAUAUAUUUGACUAUACAAUAAAAGUGAAUCGAAACAUCAUGGAUUUUAAACUCUUCCUUGUGUUUGUGGCGGGUGUUUUCCUCUUCUUUUAUGCAAAGACCUUGAGUCAAAGCCCUAUUUUCUACUACUCUUCAGGGACCGUGCUCGGUGUUCUGAUGACAUUAGUCUUUGUCCUGCUGCUGGUGAAAAGGUGUAUUCCAAAGUAUAGCACGUUUUGGGCUCUAAUGGUUGGUUGUUGGUUUGCUUCAGUUUGCAUUGUGUGCCAAUUCUUGGAAGAUCUAAAGUGGCUGUGGUAUGAAAAGAGAAUAUAUAUAUUAGGCUAUGUCUUGAUAGUUGGAUUUUUCAGCUUUGCUAUUUGUUACAAACAUGGACCCCUUGUUGACAGAAAGAACAUAAAUCUUUUGACAUGGACACUGCAGUUCUUCUCCCUGGUCCUGAUUUAUUCUGGUGUCAAUGUGCCUCAGUUUGCAUAUGCAGUUAUGAUCCUCCUCACAUCCUCCAGAAGGCUGUGCUACCCACUGAAAGUAUUCUUUUAUAUGAGCUGGAAAGUGAAGAAGUGGUUUACUUCAGAAAAGCCCGUGGUUAAAUACAUUACUGAAGAAGAAUACAGGGAACAAGCUGAUGCUGAAACGGCCAGCGCUCUGGAGGGCCUGCGCCAAGCCUGCCGCAGGCCUGACUUCCCAUCUUGGCUAGCGGUGUCCAGACUCCAGGCGCCUAAAAAAUUUGCAGACUUUGUUCUUGGAGCAAGCCACUUAUCGCCUGAAGAAAUUAGUCUGCAUGAAGAACAAUAUGGCCUUGGAGGUGCCUUCUUGGAAGAACAGCUCUUUAACCUGAGGACUGCCUGACAAUGCUACCUGCGAGUUUACUUCAUUCUGGACAAGGAAAUGGAUAAAAGGCAGGGACCCUAUUAAAGCUGGCAGAACUAGGGCACAGUGGCACAAGCAUUUGCUAUGGAGAAAAAUCAGGUUAUAUUGGAAAGGAAAGCUAAACUAUAUUGAAGAUAACUUAUUUUUGGCAAGUUCUACUACUUAUACUGUAGGUGGCUGUCAAGAUCCAGUGACAGAGCCAUUCCCACUUUCAUUGAAUGAAGACUUUCAUUAGGAACAAGGGAAUUUUGAUGUUCUUCAAAGGACCGAUUAGCAUGAACAGGUACCUUGUCAACACCAGGGCAUUAAAUCUUCUCUUAAUCCCCAGAAUUUGUAUCAAAAGACUGCAUUGCUGUUCCUACAUUUCAUCAAUAUAAGUGUUAGAGGAGGCCUGAGAUGUGCUGGACCAGUGCUUUCCAAAGUAUAGUCUACAGGAUACUCAUAGGUGCCAGUCAGUAAAGGGAUUCUGAGGUCAACCAAGUUUUAUACAAAGUUCAAGUUAAGUGUUGAAAGACUUCCCAGAGCCUUUACCAAUGCUAAUGCACAUUGUGAAUCUCCUAGAGGGAGGGAUAUUGUGUGCAGUCGUUUUCAAUUUAAUUUGAUCAUAGAAUGCUUUUUCUGAAGAUUAAUAGUCCUUAGAGCACAAAUGCUAAUAUAUUCCCACUCUUCUGUUCUACUAAUGAAGGAAUUGAGGUUUGGGAAGGUUACAUAACUUGUCCGUGACCACAGAGCUAUUUAAAAGCAGCACUGGACUAGAACUCCAGCCCCAGCAGGUGCUAUGACUCAGGUAGAAAUAGAGACCCUUACAGGCAAGCCAAGGGGCCAUUUCCCUAGAUCCUUAAGUCUCACAACAGCGGUGAUUUUUAAUAUUUAUUUUUAAAUAAUGGAAAACUGGCUACUUGAUAACUGUUACAAAGAGAAACAUGUAUUAAGACUUUUUUUAAGUUUUGGUAAGAUUUUUAUAGACAAAUAUAAGGAUUAGAAAUUAGAUGUACUUUUUAUAUUGUUUUUGUAUUACAAAGUUGAAGGCAUUUAACCUCUUGUGACAUUUUGGGUUGACAGGCACAUUUAUUUAAAUUGUUUGAUUGUAUACAUUUUGUAACAAUUUUCUACAGAACAGAUUUGUGAUCUUUCUUAUGGAGAACAAAUCCUUUUUCUUGGUUCAUGAUGUUCAACUCCAGAAUGAAAUGAGCCACUAAUUGUAUGUUUCAUCCUGAGGAAAGGAGGCCAAAAGAUAGAUCUGAGAAAAGAGAACAUGGCAAAAUAACCUUAAGAGUUAAAAGUGUUGAUAAAUUGAUCCCCUUUCAGACUCAAACUUGGGCAUUUUCUGCUCUGAUGGGAUCAUAACGAAUAGAACUAUUCCUGAGUAAUCCUCUUUUAGUGGAAGGGUUAUGGAGAGUGGCAUACAGAGAAUUAAAGACUUGCUCUCCUGAGUCAAAUUUAGUAGAGUUUUUCUAAAUUAUUGAAUAAGGGCAUGGCUACCAAAAUUUGAAACUUUCAUAGAUAGAUUUUCAAAUGACGUUUCCUCUUUAAAGCAUAGCGUUAGUGCUUUGUAAGUCUUUGGGUUGGGCACCUUUUAUUAUUAGGAGCUUUGCUCUCUUUCUAAAAUGCAGUUAAUUCAGUCUGAGCCUUACAUAGACUUUGAUUUUUGAAAAAUCAAAGAAAGCAUCUUCCUUUCAGACUUACGAUGACAAUGACUGUUUUAUUUGUAUAAACAAAAGUACAGCUCUAACAUUUUUGCUGUAGUUUAAUCUGAUUUUUAUUUUUUUCUGAAUGUGAUAUGGUAUAAAAGUGUCAAAUGUAGCAGUGCUUAUGGCCACCACGUUCACCUUCCCAAAGAAAGUUUGUCUAGGACGAAAUGGUGUGUGAAAACUGGAAAACAGGCUGUGUGCGUUCCCGAGGGACCUGCAGUCCGAGGCAGUGCCUGGCCCCACCUGGGCGGGGAGUGCUGGUGAUGGAAGGAAGCAGCUCCUCGUGGGCGGGCAGCUGGGUGCAGCCGUCUCCAUAAAACAGCCAGAGAAGGAGGAAAGGAGCAACAGUCUUCCAGGAUCUUGUUUCUCGUGUUUCUUUUUGGAGGGAAUCAUGGAUUUGUCAGUUUUUGUUAUGUGAGAACUGUGGGAGCUAAACAAUUAAAAGCAUUACUUGUA